AUGCAGCAUGGGACGCGGCGAUCACCAUCCACCUGCUGGAUGCCGGCGUGCAUCCUGAUCACGUGCGACUACGGGGUGCAGCCGCCUUGGGUCGUCUUCCGCCGUACUGUCUGUUCUCUGUGCGGGAGCCACCGAAUCAUAGCACGCGUGGGACUAUCCACGAGUGCGGCGGUGGCCCGCGCUCAUACACAGGUUGCAAUUGUGGCUGCGCCAUCUGCUGAAUGGAAUCCUACGUCCGCUCCCGCACAUGGAACCACAAUUACCAGAGGACGAGGGGGCGUGGAGCAGACUGCCGGAAUAUGCGCGAGGGCGAGAAGGUCCAUCGCGCCGAGAUCCGCGAGCUCCUGCUGUUGCGGAAUCCUACAGCGGUAUCUUAGGCGACCACGGUUCCGUUGCUACGGGGCGGGCGUUACCCGGUCAUAUACUCACGUGACUACUUGUGGCUCACGACAUUUAGUCAGGGAGAGGGGUGCGAGGGGAAUCUGGGCAGAAGAUGGUAGAACGGGGGGAUGGCUGGUGUGA